UCAUUCAACAGUUGAACUGCAUGAUUGUCUGCAUGAGUUUAUGAUUUAUAAAGAUCUCUAGAUACACUUCAAUUCAUUUAAAAUGACUUAUUAAAGAUUAUUGGAGAUUCAUAACUUCUAUGUGAGGACGUGGCUCUCUCUCUCUCUCUCUCUCUCUCUCUCUCUCUCUCUCUCUCUCUCUCUCUCUCUCUCUCUCUCUCUCUCUCUCUCUCUCUCUCUCUCUCUGUAUUUCUCUCUCUCUCUUUGUCCUCGUCUGGAAUUCAUCAAACUCACAUCAGCUUCAUCAGUAUGAAUUAUUGUGUUUGCUAUAGAUUUGUUUGAUCUUUAAAGAUGAUGUUAUAGAUUUGAAAGCAUCCUAAUAAAGUUUGUAAAAGUUUAAGAAAAAUAUAACAGAGACAGACAGAGAAACAUCAUUAUUACUGAUAAACAGUGUUGGGGCUAGUUACUCAAAAGAGUAAUAUAUUACGUAUUACAUAUUACUCUCAAAAAUAGUAAUGCCUUACUUUACUUUAUUACUCCCUGGAGAAAGUAACUAGUUAUAUUUCUAGUUAUAUUACUAGUUACAUUUUUUUUCUGGACAAGAAUGUUUAUUUGGGCAAGCCACAGCCAAGAAAAUGCUGGCUUCCUUACCCGCUACUGGACGUAGGGCACAGCGUUCGGAGAAACAUUAAAGAGUGUGCACUUCACCGUCAAGUUAUUUUUCUUCCGUUGAACAUAAUAAAAUAUGACUGAAUCUCCACCCGUCGAAACUAGCUUUCUGUUGCUGGGAACCUUCCUCUGAAAAAGAGCUUGCCGUUGUUGACGCUUCCAUUUACCCGAUCUGUCUUUGUGCUGCUGCCGCUCUGUGCUGCUGGCUGCCGGGUGUCGACCAAUCGGUGAUGGUAAAUGAUACCUCGUGAUAAACUUAGACCAAUCACUGUUCCAUUCACGCCCUCCUCCCCUUCCCUUUUGUUCUCUGUUUUUUGUGCCUUGUGUGAUGAAGGUGCUACUGGCGAAUGUAACUUAAGUAACUAGCUCGGGAAAACAGUAAUAAUAUUACCAUUUUCAGACGGGUAAUGCCUUACACUACUAGUUACUGAAAAAAGUAAUAUUAUUACAGUAACUAGUUACUUUGUAACUAGUUACACCCAACACUGCUGAUAAACUUUAAAUAUAAAGCUGACCGGUCCUGCUGAAUGAUGAACAGAUACACACAUCUCAUCUCAGAGGUUUAUUACUUCCAUAAAAUAACAGCAUGUUCAUGAAUCUGAAGAUUACACUUAUUGUGUGUUUUUAAGAAGAUUACCCGAGUCUCUCUCUCUCUAUUCAGGUGUCAUCAUGUCUGCUGUUUUUCUGUCUGCACUGCUGCUUCUGCCCACUGUGGCCUUUGGCUCCGCCUCUUUAAGACCGCCGCCCAGACAUUGUCGAAGGUGUUGUGAUCAGCUGGACCCACCCCUGAACCCCGCCUCCCAUCCUGCAGCCAAUCAUACACCUGAGAUCCGCACCUUUAUUAACAUGACAAUCCUUAAAGGAGAGAAAGGAGAGCGUGGUGACCGAGGAACUCCUGGCAAAGCCGGUGGUGAUGGACCUCCAGGAUUCAGAGGUGAGAUCGGACCCAAAGGCAGUAAAGGAGACACCGGAGCUCCUGGAGAUCCCUGUAAAGUCCAGCGGUCCUCUUUCUCCGUGGGCCGACGCAAAGCUCUGCACAGCGCCGAUUAUUACCAGGCUCUGAUCUUUGACACGGUCUUUGUGAAUCUGGACCAACACUUCAACAUGUUUAAAGGCAAGUUCUUCUGUUUAGUGGCGGGAGUUUAUUUCUUUAAUGUCAACAUUCACACCUGGAACUUCAAAGAGACGUACCUGCAUCUGAUGCACAACGACCACGAGCAGGUGAUUCUGUACGCGCAGCCCAGCGAUCGAUCCAUCAUGCAGAGUCAAAGCGUCAUGCUGUCAUUAGAGCUGAAUGAUGAAGUUUGGGUGAGACUGUACAAACGUCAGCGAGAUAAUGCCAUUUACAGCGAUAACACGGACAUUUACAUCACAUUUAAUGGACAUCUGGUGGCACCUAAACUGUAAAAGACAGACAGUGAAUAUUUCCCUUUUAUUCUUCAUCUCAUACUGAUGAAAUGACUCUCUCAGUCUCGCUGGAUGAGUGAUGAUGAUGUUUGUUGGUUGGUUUAACAUCAGGGUGUUUUUCUCAUUUCAUCUCUAAAAACAUAAACAAGGGGUUUUCGUCUGGACUGUUCCUUUAAUUCACUCGAAUGAUUUCAGUUCCCUUCUCGUAAAAUAAAGACAGAUGGAGUCAGUGUGAAAUGAUGCUGUAGAUGUGUUUUCUCUGGCAGCUGGUCUAGGAUCAGUCUUUAUCUUCUCUUGUGUUUGUCAGUUGUGUUCAUGAAAGCUCUAUACAGUAAAUCAUCACAAAUCUCAACCAUUAAUAGUUUCUCUUUUAGUUUUGUUUCAUGAGUUUAUAAACUGGUUUUGUUAGUGUUUCAGGAGGUGCUCAGCUGUAUGUUUACUUUCUACAAAUAUUCCUUUAAUUCUGAUGAUGUCCUGCUCAUUUUUAUGUAUUUUCAAUUAAAUUCAGCAACAAAAUAAUCACAAAACAUUAUCUCGAGUCUUGACUCGUUGGUAUUUGCAUUCGCUUGUCUUGGACUUUGACUCCAGCAAUAUAGACAAUUUCAGUAACAACAACAUAAACCAACAGCUUUUGUGGCCCAAACCUAACUUCCAAUAGACUUCUGCACAGAACAAGGAAAAUAAAUAACCAGUAAACUACCUUCAGUUCAAAUCAUAGCUAAAGUGUAUGAACUAAUGUUACUGUGUAAAUCUAUACGAUGUUAACUACACAUCCUUAAAUUCUUGCCUGGCUGCCAAAUCUGCACAUCAGUGAUCUGUGCUCACUCACAGUCUCCUCCCAUCGUUUUUUAUUUUCCACACAGAAUUUGUUCAAGAGGUCUUUUUAGUCACUAGCCGUACAGACACACAAGACCGGAAGUAAACUCUGUGCCAGACGCGCAACAACAUGAGUCCGAUGCCAUUUUUCUGCCAGAUACAGCAAAAUAUAUACACU